CACCAUUACCUUUAACAAGCAGAGAGCUCCCAGAAGGACCGUGGGAAAUAUUACAAGUAGAUUUCUUUGCCGAUCAUGAGUUUGGCCAUGGAGAGUUUCUUGUAGUUGUUGAUACCUACUCCCGCUAUUUGCACGUUGUCGAAAUGAAAAGCAUGGACGCUGAUGCUACUAACCAAGCCCUUUUGCGAAUUUUUGAGGUUUGGGGCUACCCAUUAGCCAUACAAAGUGAUAACGGCCCUCCCUUUCAAAGUGACAAAUUCGUCAAAUCAUGGGAAGAACGAGGAGUGAAGAUUUACAAAUCUAUUCCAUUAAGCGCGCAAUCAAACGGGGCAGUAGAAAGACAAAAUAAGGGUAUAAAAGAUGCCUUAGCAGCAGCAAAACUGGAUAAAAACAACUGGAAAACAGCACUUGAUAAGUAUUUGCACAUGCAUAACAAAGUAAGACCUCUCUCAAGGUUAGGUGUGACACCAUUCGAAUUGCUCGUGGGUUGGAAGUUCAGAGGCACGUUCCCCUGUCUCUGGAGUGCAAAUUCAACGGAACUGCUGGAUAGAACCAACAUAAGGGAAAAGGAUGCGUUAUCUAAGCUUGACAGUAAGGUAUACGCAGACAAUAGAAGAGGUGCAAAACCUUCAGACAUCACAGUCGGUGAUACCGUGCUUAUGGCGCAACCAAAAAAGCACAAAUCAGACCCGACUUUUUCUGCUGAUAGGUUCACUGUCAUUGCCAGAGAAGGCGCCAAGGUGAUAAUUCAAAGCAAUCGUGGUGUUCAGUACUCCCGUAAUGUCCAGGAUAUAAAAAGAGUGCCAGAACGUUUGGAAACAACGGAUAACCAACUCUUGAACUACCGAGGGGCAGAUGACAUUAAUUGUCCUGUGUUACAAGAUGAAGAUGAAGACAGUAUUCAAGAAAAUGCGACGACUCGACCGAAAAGAUUGAUCAAGAAACCUGAUAGAUUUAAGGAUAUGGUAUUAUUCACUAUCUUUGAUUAGAGUAGGGGAAGAUAGCAUUGUAGAG